UACUGAUCCGGGUUAUCGGAAGUCAGGAGUAAGGAUGUGUGUGCAUGCUUUAAAAAGCAUAUUGGAGGUGAUUGAUGAAAUAGAUGUAGAAAAACUAAACAAAGUAUAUGAAAAUAACAAGGCCAGAUUUUCAAAGUUGGAAGAUGAGUUGGGUGAAAUUGAAAGUUUGUUGUUGAGGGAGGAUCAGAAGGAAGAUUCAGAUGAGUCAGAGGCUGGGGGGAGAAAUGAUGAUGAUAAUGGGCCUCCAAGAAAAAGGAGAAUCAGAUCUUAUUAUGUAGUAGAUUCUGGAUGCGAAUCAUUGGAGGAGGCAUCAAAUUAA